AUGGUUCCCGCUAGCCAAGAGCGAGAGCCGACUCCCACCAGUGAGAUUUUUAUAAUCAAUGUCGACACCAAGCUCAAUCAAUUUGGCCACAAUAUGAUUGCUGCAGAGAAUAUUGGGUGUCUCUUGGAGUUGGCUUUUUUUUGCGGUGCCAUUUGCGUUGUAACUACUGGUAUGUCGUGUCCCAUUGAACAUUCGCACCAAGAAGAUGUGAUAGAGAUGGAGAUGGUAUUGGAGAAACGCAUUCACGUCGUUGGGCUGCAGUACCUGCAGAAGAAACUCAAGGAAGUAAAAGCUUUCUCCAAUAGUCCCAACGCUCAUGUUUGGGACAAAGAAAAUAAGACCAAGGUAUCUAGAUAG